AGAGCUGUUCGCGAAGAGCCCUGGGCCCGAGGUUGGCGUUCUGUCGGUCCCAUGACCUGAAGGUCAGUCUACCUUUUCUAAACACCUUUGUUAUCGUUAAAUACAAAGGAUACUCUAGUUGGUAGUGGCGGGUUAGUGAGCUGAGGGUUAGAUCGCGUUACCGGCUUGAAAAGGGGAACUGCGAAAGAGCUGAACGCUCUCAGUCGCACGCAAAUUUAUUCCGAGCAUGAUUUUCAUUUUCUUCUACUAUGUCAUAUCGGCCUUGCUGAUAUUUUUCAUACUUCGUCUGUGUUUUGAUUUCUGAAUUUUCCACAUCAGAAGCAAGGAAGACACCAGCUAACGCCGUUUAAAGGGCAGUAUACUGUAGCAGGAACACUGCAACUAUGGCAGUACACAGGAUCCUUCUCACUGUCUGUGUCAUAUUCCUGAGCUGCCUCGUCUCAUACACCUCCUCAUUUGAACCGGUCGAGGCCACCCUACCUUCGCGGGUCAACGGGACUCCCAAGAAAGGCUCCCGCCAUCACGAUAUCCAGGAAACGAACCCUAAACCAGAAGACGUGGAGGGCUUGGGUGGUGGAACUGGAAGGUCGCGUUCCGAUCUUGGAAGCUUGCUGGGGAAGUAUCAGGAGGCCCCGGUACAAGGCAGGGCUGGGACGGGCACACAGGACGCGCCGGAUAUCCCGGUCUACGAAAAGAUGACGGGAUCUCCCGUUGGCUCUGGGGCUCGGAAGGUUCCAGAGGAUCCUACGCCGACGUCGGAUGUUUCGGAAGACCAGCCCGAUGGGUUGUACCCUGAUAGGUCAGCUCGAGGAGAGGGACAGCCAACCGACAGUUCCCAGCCUGUGGGAGGGAUGUACCCGAAUCCACAAGAUAUACCACCAGGUUACCCCAUACCUGGGCAACAAAAUCCUGGAUCCGGGUUACCUGAGAUCCCACCAGGUUACCCGAUACCUGGGCAACAGAAUCCAGGAUCUGGAUUACCUGAGAUCCCACCAGGAUACGCUAAUCCAGGACAAAAUCCAGGAUCUGGAUUACCUGAGAUCCCACCAGGGUAUGCUAAUCCAGGACAACAGAAUCCAGGAUCUGGAUUACCUGAGAUCCCACCAGGGUAUGCUAAUCCAGGAUCUGGAUUACCUGAGAUCCCACCAGGGUAUGCUAAUCCAGGACAACAGAAUCCAGGAUCCGGAUUACCUGAGAUCCCACCUGGGUACAACAUCCCUGGACAGCAGAACCCAGGGUCAGGGAUCCCACAGAUCCCACCUGGAUUCUCCAUUCCGGGACACAACGCUGGAUCUGGAUUUCCUGGGAUGCCUCCGGGUGUGGUGAUGCCGGGGAUCCCGCCCGGCACGGCCCUGCCGUCCAAGUGGAGCGUGGAGAUCUACCCUAACCCCCAGCUCCAGUGGGUCCAGUGUGGCAGACCGCAGGCCUCGUGGCUGUGUGAUCCCAACAGUAUUCUGACAGAGUCUGAUGCUGACUUCUUGUCGGAGCUCCUGGGGAACGUGUCCACGAGUACGGAUACGCCGUGCGUGCCGCAGCACCGUACGGAGAGGGACGUGAGGAAGCGCUCUGUCAACAAGUCCUCGGAGUUCCCCGGCUACACCAUAGCUGUGGCACUGGUUCCUGACAUUGUCAAGAUGUUUGGAGAACGUGACAGGGACGCCAUCCGGCGGUUCAGCCAGGUACUGCUGCACCUGUGGGACCCGGGCGACUGUGACGGGGGAGUGGUGCUGGUCUACUGUCAGUCAUCUCAGAGGGUGUAUGCGGCUCGUGGCGACGCCGCCGAGCUCAAACUGACCAACCAGGAUGUCUGGAAGGUUCACCGUGACAACAGAGACGCCCUGGAGAACAACCGGACCAUGGAGGCUCUGACCAACAUCAUCCUGGGCUACCAGCACAUCCUGCAGGGUACACCAGGCACAGAGGUGGACAUGGAGGUGGUGUACUCUUCUCUAACCAUCGUGUUGUUCCUCGGGGCGGCCUCGGCUUGUCUGGUCUGGUUCCUGUACAUCGGGAGGGACAGGAAGUACCGUUUCCAGGCGGAGAGAGACGCGCGCGGGAAGCGGGGGUGUAAGGAGCGACUGAAGCGCGUGUGCAGCAGGGAGGAGGGGGCCCGCGGCGGAAGGCACGCGGACGAAGGCGCAGAAGAGGAAAUUAUGAUGGAGACAGUGUACAGUGUGUAACUGUGUUAAGUCAAUGGUUUGUUGCUAGUGCUGUGUACCGGUUCGCUGGACUGGUUCCGGACUUGUAAAAAUGUUUAGGUUCAAGUCCAAAAAAGCCUA